ACUUUCUAUUUAUACUACUUAUUCGGCAGUCCUUUGGUCUUUUCUCCUUAAUUUUUUAAAAUGUUGGUUACAAUGCACCACAUUAAAAUUCCAAAUUCCUAAUAGGUAGCUAGUUUUCAUAAAAGCACUGUUGGAAACCACACAUUAUUAAAACUAUGACUAUGUUCUCAGAGAUGGUCUGAUAGGUCGAAAUCUUUAUUGCCAGGGCAACAAAGAGGUCAAGGUUAUUAGGUCAAGCCCGAAAGAACUCCGUUGCCAAGGGAACAGGUCAGCCACGUCUGGGUUGGCUUACCCACGCGCGCUAGCCUUCCAGAGAAAAGGAGUGGCCGGUUGUCCUGUCACUCACAUCAGUCCUGGAGUUCAGACCGUCACCCGGCGCGGAACACCCGCCUCCUCGCCAAGGUUAAGCGAGGAAAGCCCGGAUUGGAAGAUCAGGUGGUGACGAAACCUUCCGCUGUAGGUUGCCUUCCGCUCGCGCGGCUGUCGGGAGGGGCGUGGGGAUCGUUUACCGGGACUCCCCGGUCCCUUGACCCUUGGAAGUAGCAUGAGAUCGGUUAGCUACGUGCAGCGCGUGGCGCUGGAGUUUAGCGGGAGCCUCUUUCCGCACGCAAUCUGCCUGGGAGACGUCGAUAACGAUACGUUAAAUGAACUGGUGGUGGGAGACACCAGUGGAAAGCUGUCUGUGUAUAAGAAUGAUGACAGCCGGCCAUGGCUCACCUGUACUUGCCAAGGGAUGUUGACUUGCGUUGGGGUUGGAGAUGUGUGUAAUAAAGGAAAGAACCUGGUGGUGGCAGUGAGUGCCGAAGGCUGGUUUCACUUGUUUGACCUGACACCUGCCAAGGCCCUGGAUGCUUCUGGCCACCAUGAGUCACUCCUGGGAGAGGAGCAGCGUCCAGUCUUUAAGCAGCACGUCCCCGCCAACACCAAGGUCAUGCUGAUCAGCGACAUCGAUGGAGAUGGAUGUUGCGAGCUGGUGGUGGGUUAUACAGAUCGAGUGGUGCGGGCCUUCCGAUGGGAGGAGCUGGCUGAGGGCACUGAACACCUGUCAGGGCAGCUGGUGUCCCUCAAGAAGUGGAUGCUGGAGGGUCAGGUAGACAGUCUCUCAGUGACCCAGGGGCCACUGGGUGUGCCUGAGCUGAUGGUGUCUCAGCCAGGCUGUGCUUAUGCAGUUCUGCUGUGUACCUGGAACAAGGACACUGGGUCCGCUCCUGCCUCUGAGGGGGCCGCAGAGGGCAGUAGGGAGGCUCCUGCUGCCCGAGAUGUGGUGCUGCACCAGACAUCUGGCCGGAUCCACAACAAGAACGUCUCCACUCACCUCAUUGGCAACAUCAAGCAAGGCCACAACCCUGAGAGUGGUGGCUCUGGCCUCUUUGCCUUGUGCACCCUGGAUGGGACACUGAAGCUUAUGGAGGAAGCAGACAAGCUGCUGUGGUCAGUGCAGGUAGAUCACCAGCUUUUUGCCCUAGAGAAGUUAGAUGUCACGGUAAGUAGAAACAUGGUGGAGCAGAGCAUUGGUGCCUUCUCCACAGAGAAAUGAAUUUUAUAUAUGGCCUUUCUCACUUCCUAGUCAACUUGGGACAUUGAUCUUAAUCUCUUAGACCCAUCUGAAAUGAGUCUGUUCCCUUUCAUCACAGUAUGAGACUGCUCUCUAUGAGGCUGCUAGAAAACCUCUCAUUUCCACACCUGUCAGCAGAAGUAAUAGCUCCAAGGAAAAAGUUACUGUAAGAGUCUACAUGGGUAGUUAGGCCCACUCUAGAGGCGUGUUUUGUAAUUUUUCUCUCCCAUAUGCAAGUCUCUGUUUAAUAGUGCUUGGCCCCUGAAUUGGCAGAUGGGGGCUCCACUUUGUACUGCCAUUGUGCAUGCUGGAUGGCUUUGAAGGCAGGUAGAACAGAUCUGGGCUUGGUUCCUUCCUCUACUCCCUUCUAGCUGAGUGACCUGGGACAAGUGACUUUGUUUCUACAAACUGAAGUUUCCUCAGCAUAAAAUUAGGAAUAAAUAAUAUUGCCUGCCUCAUAGGACUUCCGUGAGCACUGUGUAAGGUGACUCAUUUGAUUUACCUUUUGGGUGUCUGGCACAUGGGGAAAUUUCUUCCCUAGUUCAUCCAAAGUCAAGCAAG